ACGGCUCGUGCCGGGGCUCUCAUAUUACAUAGUAUGCAUUACAUAUACCUUGUACAACAACGGAUAUCUAUACCUCUGGUAGUGGCCUAGUUGUCAGGCUCCUGGCGCUCAUGCGAUAUGCGAGACAAGGAUACAGGAGAGCAGCACAUUAUACGUGCUGGAACAAGAAGCAUACGGUUUUGUGGGGCUUCGCUUGCUUAGCCGGUUCGCGAUACGUGUACCCGCUCUCGGGAGGAGGAGCUGCUAGGCGACAAGACAGUUGUCUGGCCACUAUCCUCUUUCGACGUACCGGUCCUCCCCGACAAUUGCACCUAGGUCGAGCCAGCAUCUUCCAGACGGUCAAGGGCAGGCCAGCCCUUAUUCUCUCCCAGCCCAGAUACUGCAAAUGUAACUCCGGUGAGAACGUUCGCCGAAUCUUUUCCCCAAUGUAUCCAGGCCAGUCGGCAGACGUUAUCCGUGAUUCUAUACGAACCACCCCACACAUGAAACUGCAUCAUCGCUGGGAUCUCGAUAAUGAAAAUGAUCGGAGAAAAUGCCAUGCGGCACACGAGGCAGAUACUCGCCGGGACCGCGGUAAUGGCGGGCUUGACGUCGUGCAACAAUCAAUUCGUCAUUGCAGGAUCGGAAGAAGACCGGAGGACCAGAGACGAGCGAUGAUCGGGUGCUCGGGAAAUUGGUCCACGCGCAAGUCAUUCCCAGAGCUUGGCGAGUGCCGGCCACAGCUUCCUCGACUUCGCAGGGUCGUUGCAUACUUACGUAGCUUGUGAUAGCAGACUGGCGGGACCGGUGAAAAUUUGAAUAGCAAGAUUCUCAUAUGCGAGCGACCGAUAGCUAGGCAUGGAGCGGAGCGACUCGGAUGUCCCGUACGUAUGCGAAAGUCGGAUUGCUUGAUGGGAGUAACGGACGCUGUUUCUCAGUAAUCACAGGUAGCCAGGC